AUGACCAGUGAUAAAUCUGACCAACUGCAAAUACGAGAGUGUGCGUCGGGCUACUAGGAUGUGUGGCCUCCGUGAAGCAACUGAAGUUGACGAGUGGACUCUGUACUGGACAGAUUAUUCUGUCUCACUGGAACGAGUGAUGGAAAUGAAAAGUUAUCAGAAAAUAAACCAUUUUCCUGGGAUGUCUGAAAUCUGUAGGAAGGACCUUCUGGCCAGGAACAUGGGCAGGAUGCUAAAGCUUUUUCCUAAGGAUUUUAACUUCUUUCCCAGGACGUGGUGUCUUCCUGCUGACUAUGGAGAAUUGCAGGCCUUUGGCAGAUCAAAAAAACAUAAAACCUUCAUCUGUAAGCCAGAUUCUGGUUGUCAAGGUAGAGGCAUAUUCAUCACAAGAACUGUGAAAGAUAUCAAACCUGGAGAGGAUAUGAUCUGCCAGCUCUAUAUCUCAAAGCCUUUUAUUAUUGAUGGGUUCAAAUUUGAUCUCCGGAUUUAUGUGCUGGUGACAUCAUGUGAUCCACUACGGAUAUUUAUUUAUAAAGAGGGCCUUGCACGUUUUGCAACAUCUGCCUACUCAGACCCCUCACACAGCAACUUGGACGACGUCUGUAUGCACCUGACUAAUUAUUCAAUUAACAAGCACAGUGCUAAUUUUGUACGAGACACAGACUCUGGUAGCAAGAGGAAGCUGUCCACCUUUAAUGAACACAUGGAGCAAAAUGGCUUUGAAACUGAACAGAUAUGGAAGGACAUUGAAGAUGUUGUUAUUAAAACAUUGAUAUCGGCUCAUCCUAUCAUCAAGCAUAACUAUCUCACUUGCUUCCCCAACCACACCAUGUGGAGUGCUUGCUUUGAAAUCCUGGGAUUUGAUAUUUUACUGGAUCGAAAACUCAAACCGUGGCUGCUUGAGGUGAAUCAUUCUCCAAGCUUCAGUACUGAUUCAUGGCUGGACAAAGAAGUGAAAGACCAACUCUUGUAUGACACUCUGGUUCUGAUCAACUUGGGUGCGUGUGAUAAACGGAAAGUCUUGGAAGAAGAAAAACGGCGAGGAAAGCAGCGGCGUCUUAAGCAAUGCCGUAAUCGGGAAUCCAGGGCUCAGGAAUACAAGAACUGCCAAGCCGCUUGGCUCCAGCAAGCGGAGAAAUAUGAGGAAAAAAAUACCGGAGGCUAUCGCCGAAUAUACCCCACUUCUGACUCAGACAAAUAUGAUAAGUUUUUCCAACACAAUAAUUCACUCUUCCAGGAAACAGCAGCUUCCAGAGCACGUGAAGAAUAUGCCAGGCAGCAGCUCCAAGAGCUGCGUCUCAAACAAGAACAAAAAGCAGCCCUGCUGAGAGAAAAGAAGGCUGAGCUACAGGGAGAGUCUAGUGGAGAAAAGAUAAAGAUUUCCAGGCAAAAGGUGGUGAACAGAGCAAGUGUGGUGCCGGUCUCUGCCCAGCCUCAGGUUUGUUCAGAGUCUGGGCCUGGGACUGCCCUCCUGCUUGAACUUUUCGCAGAUGAGAAAGAAACCAGGAAAGAAGUGACUUGUGAUUCUUCAAGCCCUUGUAAGCAUGACAGCCAUCAGACUGGCAACUGUCCAGAGACCCUUCAAAAACUACCUGUCAGGCCUUACAGCUCUGUGCCUGACCUUACCCGACAGAACAUAUCCAGCACUCCAGAGCCGUAUAAUUCCAGUCCAGAAUUGAGGGAUGCCAUUAGCAGCCACCAUUCUGCAACAGACGUGACCAUUAGAUCAAGACUCCAGCCAUCAGAUGAAUUUAAGAAAGCAUGCGGUAAGCAAAACCCAUGUGCUCCCAAAUAUUUUCCAGCAAUGAUCCAUCCUCGUGCAAAGAGUUCAACAGCAACCAACAUGGCUUGCUCUGAAGGUCCAGCUAUUAAAAAUUUCCGCCCAUUCGGAGAACAGCCUUUCCGGUUUCGUAUUAGAGAAAACACAGCCUCCUCACACUCAGCAGUCCACAGGAUGAGAAUGAAGUUCUCUGAGAAUGACAAACAAAAAAGAGCCCUUUUGGCCUCGGAAUUCUUCAGCAAGCUGAAUUUCACACCAAUGGAGAAAAACUUCAGGCUUCCCUUGCAGCAGCACUCUCAUCACCUUGUCAACCGAGCAAAAAGUGCUUCCCUCCCAAGAGAAAUCCUGGGCAGCAGGAGCGCUACAUGCAGGAAGCCAGCAAAUUACUGCAACACACACCUCAUCACACAAAGGCCGAUGGUUCAGCAGCACAGCUUGCAAGACCUGCUGGUGAUUUCGCGGAUGCAUAACCAGUCAAAAAAAAACAGUGACCCAAUGUUGGAAGAUGGUUCUGUAAACAGAGUCUGAGUGGAUCUUUCACAAACAACAUAGGAUGGUUCAUGAAGCUUAAAAGAUGAUCUUUUCUAUUGAGAGACAUACUGAACUGUUUGAAUUGUUCAGCUAUAUCCUUUCCAAGUACAUUCCUAUGGAGCUUCCUUGCAGCCGGUGAAAUUUGACUUGUAAAAUGUUUUUUUGUUUUAAGUAAGCGGAUCUUGAGAUACUGGAAGCUUCUGAUUUUCUGCUCCCUGUGAAAGUGGCUGGUGCUUGCAAACUGGAAUAUUCUCUUCCAAAAAUUCCCAAGAAAAUGGUGAUAUUAAUUGACUAGAGGGUUAGUAUUGCUCCCAGUCAUAUCCUCCUCCUAGUUCUGCAGAGGAGGAUGGAGUCUUGCAGAGGGGAGGGGGAGUCUUGCACUAUGUUUUGCAAAUUAAAUGUUAAGGCCUGAGCUUGAUAUGGCACAUGACUACAUGACUCUUUCCCCUGAUGUUUUUCUUCAUGAAAAUUAGCAUUGGAUGCUAUGAUUGGGAGCACAAGAGUGCUGGAGGAAGGGAUGCUUAACCUCUCUCCAACUGUUCUGCCCUCUUAAAAAUCUUCACUCAGCUGAUUUUUCCAUCUGUGGGAGAAUGGGUCCCUAUAUUUCCCUCCCAUGGGGAAAAAAGCAGCUUCCACUCUAAAUGGAAAAAUAGCAGAAGGGAAUAGAUUUAAGCAGUCCUCCCUGCAACCCCUGCUGUUCCUUAUUGUAGCUCCCAAGGAUGCUUUUCAUUUUUAAAAAAGUUAGGGGAAAGAGACAGUCAUGUCUAGUUUAACUCUAAAUUCCUCACAUUUUUCAAAACAAUUUUAUGUUAGUAAACCUAGAGAAAAGUUGUGAAGAACAGACUGUUCACUGAUCUCAAUAAAGGCUUAAAGAUGGCAAAGAUUUGAGUGCAAAGGAGUUUGGCUUCCCACACUGGAA